AUGAGCCACAGAAUGGACUAUCAUUCGGGUUCUCCGCAUAGGGGAGCUCAAGCUGAGUAUUGCUGCUAUCAACCCAAACUGACCGGAUCCCCCUCUGCAUCCAGGACUGUUGGCUUUGAGUCGACUAUCGCAUACACGAACAGAGGAUAUGCGACGACGCUGAAGAGCGAAUUCGGAUCCGUUCCGAGAUCAUCGGAGAGCCUUUUCGAUUUAUCAAACCCAUUUACCGAGGUUUUGACAAAAAGGAAUGAGAAAGAACUGCUCCAUGGGCUGAACGACCGUUUCGCCGGAUUCAUAGAGAAGGUGCGUCAUUUGGAGCAUGAAAAUGAAUUGUUUGAGAGGGAAAUCGAGGAAAUCAAACUAAAGGCACAGUCCCCUGCGUCUCUGGCCCAGGAGCACGAGCCAGAGCUUAUGGACCUGAGGAACCUAGUUCAUGACAUCACCCUUCAGAAGCGUCAGAUCGAGAUAGAGCAUCAGAACCUGGAGGAAGAUUUCCUCACCUUGAGAGACAAGUAUGAGCAGGAGGCACGUGACCGCUCGAACGCAGAGAACGGCAUCCUUGUGCUGAAAAAGGACGCCAACGAUGCAUACCUUGCCAAACUUCAGUUGGAAAAGAAAGCGCAGUCUUUGGUGGACGAGAUCCACUUCCUGAAGAACAACCAUGAGGACGAGAUAUCAGAAAUGGUGGCCCAGAUCCAAGAGGCUCAAGUAACGGUCAAGGCGUACAACUUUGGCAAACCUGACAUCACAGAGGCUCUCCGGGAGAUCCGUGUGCAGUUAGAAGGUCACGCCACUUCCGACAUUCAGCAGGCCGAGGAGGGCUUCCGUGUCCAGUUCGCAAAGUUAACCAAAGCGGCAGAAAGUAACAGAGAGGCGUUGAAGGCAACCCAACAGGAGAUCCAGCAGAAUAGAAGGCACCUGCAGGGGAAGACAAUUGAACUGGACUGUGGUAAAGGAAUGAGAGAGGCCCUGGAAAAACAACUACAAGAGCUGGAGGAGCGUCACUCUGCAGAAUUGAUUCAUUACCAGGACACUAUCAGGCAGCUGGAGAAUGAGCUGACCAAUGCUAAACUAGACAUGUCUGGCUACCUGAGAGAGAACCAGGACCUGCUGAAUGUCAAAAUGGCUUUGGAUGUGGAGAUUCUCUCUUACAGGAAACUCCUGGAGGGUGAGGAGUCCCAUCUGUACACCAUCUCUGACACCCACAUCUCCAUGCCCUGCAUCUACCGCCAGUCCCCCGUCUACACCCUGCCUUGCCUGGCCCGGCAGGGAGGGCCCACACGCAGGUCUGAACCCCAGUACAAGUUUGUUGAGGAGAUCAUCUCUGAGACCACCAGAGACAUGGAGAUGUCCGAGAUUGAGGAGAAAGGCUCCGAGGAGACGGUCGGGGGAGAGGGAGACAAGUUGAGACAGAAGCAGGGAGAAGAGAGUGACAAAGCUGAGAGGAGAAGUGGGGAACAGGUGGAUGAGCAUAAAGAGAAAGCUAGAGGUAAAGUGGAUGUUGAAGUGGACGCCCCGGAGGAAGAGGGUGAACAGGAGGAAGAGUCUAAGAGACAGCAUAUGGUCACAUCAGCAGAGGUCGAGGUAAAUGGAGAUGGAGUUAGCCCUAGUGAGGGAGAAAAUGGAGAGGAGGGAGAUGAUGAAAGAGAGGAGGAAAAGGGGGGUGAGCCAGAUGCAAUCAAAAAGACAGAGGACAUUGACAGAGGUGAAAAUACACAAAGUGAAGUCAAAUCAGCUGAGGCCACCAGUGAGGGAGAGAAGGAAAAACUGGACACAACAGAGAAGCUAGACAGCGAGAUAAACGAGACAUUAGAAAAAGAUGACACCCCAAAACAAGGCAAAUCCCAACUAGAGGUUCCCAUGAAUGGUGACAUCUCAACAGAACCCAAAACGUCAGAGUCAGAGGAUAGCAAAACAGGAAGUUCAAUAAAGGGUGAACCACAGGUCCCCACAGAGGACAUCUCCAAAGAACCCAAAAAGGUGUCAGAGGAGAGAAAAAUAGAAAGCCCUUUACAAGAGAAAAAAGAGGUAGAUCUGAAAGAGGAGAGUGCCCCAACAGAGCAACAACAAGAUAGCCCAAAAGAAAGUCCCAUCAAAGAGGGGAAAAAGGUAGAUCUGACAGACCAGAGUGCCCCAACACUGGAGCAGAAACCUGAUCAGAAGGAGCACAGAGAGUCAGACCAACCUCAAGAGGCAGAGAGUGCUGUGACAACACAAGAAGAGGAUCUCCCUGAGCCCACAGAGAAGGACAUGGAAUCCCCUGAUAACACUGCAGAGCUCAACACCAGUUCAACCAAGGAGACAGUGGAGCAGGUGAAGUCACCUGAUGAUUCUGGUGUAAAAACGACACAAGAUGAGAGAACAGUAGGAGAAUUAACGACCACCCCUAAACCAUACUCAACCCUCACCCCAGAAUCAACAACCACCCCUAAACCAGACUCAACCCUCACCCCAGAAACAACGACCACCCCUACAGAAGAGAGUGAAAUGAUGGGCAGUGGUGACAAAGCUAAGACAAUCACACCACCAGAGAAACAGAUGCCUGCAGUUGCAGAGAGCAAGGACUCACACAGGGGGGCACCAGAAAGCAACACAAUUCAAGAGAAACCAGAGGAAAGUCCAAGGGCCACUGCCGAAGCUACCGGGGAUGCCUUAGACAGUCCGUCAGGCUCCCGCGCCUCAGCCGAUUCGACUGUUUCCCAUGCCUCAGCCGGCUCGACUUGGUCCCGCGCUUCAGCUGGCACUUCAGGUUCCCGUGCCUCAUCAGAGGUGACCGGCCUGCUCCUGGUACUCGGGACCGUUCCUCUGGUCGGCGUCCUGCUUCUUGAGCCCCGCUUCAGGGAGGGGACAGUAUUAGUUAUCUUCCUCAUGUCCAGAUGCUAA